AUGGAUGGCCCACUGUCGCAGCGAACAGCUUCACUUUAUGUUGGGGAUUUGCCGGUGGAUAUGAGCAACCCGGAGGAGGCUCUUGGCAGGGUGUUCGGUAGUGUGGGACCUGUCGCUUCCAUCCGGGUUUGCCGGGACAUGAACACACAGCGUUCGCUUGGCUAUGCGUACGUGAAUUUUCAACACCCGGCUGAUGCUGAGAAGGCCCUGGAGACUUUGAACUACACGGACAUCAUUCCUGGUCGUCCGAUUCGUAUCAUGCCAUCGAUGCGGGAUCCCACGAUGCGGCGUACCGGGGCAAACAACGUAUAUGUGAAGAUUUCCGAUAAGUCAUGGACAGCGAAAGAUCUACGAGAUGUAUUCUCGAGCUGUGGAAAAGUUCUUUCUGCUAAGGUGACCUGCGACUCCGAUGGUAAAAGCCUCGGUUAUGGAUUUGUUCUUUUUGAAAGCGCUGAUGCUGCGAAGGCAGCACUUAACAUGGGCGUUGACAGCCUUGGUGAUGGCGUGGCUGCAGUUGCCCCAUUUAUCCGAAAAAUGGAGCGCUUGGCGGAAGAGGCGAAAACCUUUGUUAACGUAUACACAAAGAAUAUUAAAAAGGGGGAGGCUGAAGAGAAUGUUCGGAAAGAGUUUGAGAAUUUUGGAGAGGUGACGAGUAUGUUUCUCUCGGGCCACCCACAGCAUGAGACCAUGUUUAGUAUUGUCUCUUUCGCGACACACGACGCUGCUGUUGCCGCCAUUAAUUCGCUAAACGGCAGUGCGGAUAGUCCUAUCGCUAUUCCGGAUGGCAAGCUGUUUGUGUGCAGGGCUCUGAAAAAGAAGGAUCGCCAGCAGGCUGAAGCAAGUGGGCAGGCUUUGUACCAGAGUCAAGGGCGCAACCUUUACGUAAAACAUCUCGAUGACAGUGUGACACGGGAAAAAUUGGAAGAACUCUUCUCUCCAUUUGGUAAAAUAACAUCUUGCGCUUUGAUGCGGGAUGCCUCUGGUGUUUCACGAGAAUUUGGGUUUGUCUGCUUUGAGACCAAAGAAGAUGCUGCCGCUGCGCUGCGCGAAAUGAAUAGCAAAACGGUUUACAGCAAGCCCUUGUAUGUGAGCUAUGCAGAACAAAAGGACAUGCGUCGUCGUAUUUUACAUGAAAAAAUGCAAAGAGUUCUCCGACAGCAACAACAGCAGCAGCACCGUCCUCCAGUUCCAAUGACAAUGUUCAACCAACCAUGGUCCCGUAACUACCCUGUCAAUCCUACGUUCAGGCCACCGUUCAUGCAGCCACCAAAUGCAAGACGACCACCGCCGCCAAUGUUCAUGCCCCAAACCAUGCCGCCACCGCCCCCUCUUAUGAUGAACCAGGGGACGAAUCGCCCACAUUACACGCCGCCACAUUCCUCGCUGCCGCCGCCACCACCACCACCGCCACCGCCUAUGCAACAACCGGUGCGGCACUUGUGGCAAAAGGCUAAUGGUGAGGAGCUGCAACCUGACCAGAUUGCGAAGUUAUCACCCGAGGAAAAACGAAACAUUUUGGGUGAACGUCUAUUCGGUAAAGUGGUGGAGAUACGACCAAAUCAGGCUGCAAAGAUAACAGGUAUGUUGCUAGAGAUGGAAACAGCAGAAAUCCUUGAGAUCCUGGAUGUUCCAUCCCUUCUAAUGGCCAAGGUGGAGGAAGCUGUUGUUGUUCUGCGCCAGCACUCCAACGGAGUGUGA